AUGGACCCUCGCGUCGCGGCCGUCGACGGCUUCACAAAGACCCAACACACGUCGGUCCCACCGGCGCUGGAUCCUUCUUCUGUAAAGCUGGACGACGGCUUCACCGUCUGCAUCAUCGGCGCGUCCACGGGCAUCGGCGAGCAUAUCGCAUACAGCUUCGCGAGGGCCCAAGCGACAAGAAUCAUCAUCGCAUCUCGCACCUUCGCCGACCUGGAGAUGGUGGCCGACGAGGCCAGACGGAUCAAUCCCCGCGUCCAGGUCGACGUGGUCGAGUGUGACGUCUCGAAAGCGCCCGAGGUGGAGGCCCUCGCAGAAUAUGUGAGAGGGCAUUGCGGCGGGCGAUUGGACGUGCUCAUCCUCAACGCGGGCUACGCCGGCCCCGUCGUCACGAAGAUGGACCAAGGAAACCCCGAGUGGGUGCAACGCGCCUUUGAAGUCAACGCCCUGGGAACCUACCUCACCGCACAUUACUUUGUGCCUUUACUCGUGCAGUCACAAAGCAAGGCAAAGGGAUUCAUCGCCAUCGGGUCCAUCGCGGGGUGCAUCAGACGGGGACCCAUCGCAAACACGGGGUACACGGUCAGCAAGUUUGCGCAGAUUCGCCUGGUCGAAUAUCUUCACGAGCAAUACUCUGGCACAGGGUUGGUCAGCCUGGCACUUCACCCGGGAGCGGUCAUGACGAGGAUGGCGAGCGGAAACACGCCGGAAGAAUUCAUGCCUUACAUGACGGACGAGGUCGAUCUCUGCGGUGCAGUUUGUGUCUAUCUCAGUAGGCAGAUUGGCGAUCUCGGUUGGCUGAGCGGGAGACUGAUAUCUGCCACUUGGGACAUGGAGGAAUUGAUGGCCAAAAAGGCAAAGAUAACGGAGAAAGAUUUGCUCAAGUUCGUCCUAGUGACCGAGUAA